AUGGCACAAUCUCAGUUCGAAGUGCAGGAAAUCCACACAAAGGACGAGUACGCCCGCCUAGUCGACGUCCUCUGGACCGCCAACUUCCAGCCUUACAAUCCUGUGUUUACAGCCGUCCACCCCGUCACCGGACACACGCCAGAAGACCGCAUCCGCGACAAAGCCCUCGACACCGAGAUCCGCUGGGCCGCGCACGAGAAGAACCCCGCCUCCCACCUAAUCUACGUGAUCGAUAAACAGAACGGCCGCGUAGCCGGAGGCUGCGAGUGGCUUAUCUUCCGCGAGAACCCGUUUCCGAACGGGCCGCAGCCGAUUCCAUGUACCUGGUAUCCUAAAGGCUCCGAGCGGGCUGAGUACACGAGUCGAUUCCUCAGCCAGGCGUUCUUCCCGCGGCAGUGUUGGUUUCAAAGGGCGCAUGCUGGUGUAAACGCCAUGGGCGUCCACCCGGACUACCGCCGCCGCGGCGUCGGCCGGCUCCUCAUGCAGUGGGGCCAUGACCGGAUCGACCCGCUGGGAUACGAAAGCUUCAUCGAAGGAAGUCCCAUUGGGCGCUGGCUGUACGAGGAAUGCGGGUACCGGCGGGUUGUUAGCUUGAAUAUCGAUCUGGACAAGAAGGAUCCGAGUGAGGAGUGGUCGAGGCUAGUCUAUGAGUGUCGGCCGCCGGCGAUCUUGCUGCUUUGGAGGCCUCCAAGGGGCGAGUGGACGGAGAAGGUGCCGCCUGGGCCUUGGGCUGUUACGGCGGAAACUUGGAGGUAG